CGCAGGCACCCAGGCCACGCAUGUCGCAGGACUGGCCAGCAUCUGGAGCGGUCCUGAAUUUGAGCACAAAGCGGGUUGCAGGUGUGCGAGCAAAGGGCCAGGGCGAAUUAUCCGAUUCAGCGUCUCCCAGCGUCGCCCCCAGCAUUGUCGAGGUGGUGGCAUCGCGGGAUUCUCCUGAUUUGGAACCUGGGCAGAACCACUGCGUGGCGGCGGAUUGUGCUGCUGCACGCGAGGCAAACUCAGCCACUGGCGCGCCACUGGCCAGUAGCCAUGGAAGAUUGCCAUCCGGCAAGCAGCCAGCGGCGAUGGGUGCUGAUCAGACGGUCUACUACGAAGCACUGAUGCUGCGGGCGCAAGAGCAGCGUGACGCCGCUAUGGCCGAGGCUAACAGUAUCCAGCAGCAGCUGUAUGAUCUACAGAAGUCCAGCCAGCGCGAGAUCAAAGAUCUGAAAGGCCGAGAUCGAUCGCAAAAUCUGGUUGCGCAGGAGCGCCGCGAGCACCGGGAUGAGCUGGAGCGGCUGGCCAGGAAGCAGGAGGAAAUGCUUCAGCUGAUGGAGAUGGAGCGCGCACAGAGCCUGGAGAGUGCCAACAUGGCACUCGACCAACUGCAUGCGUUUGAGCGCAAGGUCUCGUCCUUUGUGUCGGUUCCAGAUCUGCCAGUUCUGCGGGACAGUGCUUUUGCUGAAUCGCCCUCGCUGCCUAACACGGCGCCGUGGGCUUUGCGACCUGCAACAGUCUCAUACACCAACGAUUCACAUAUCGCCGGUGUACUGUACUUUGGCACUGACACUACCCGCACCGAUACGCGACUGACUGAGUUUCUAGGCUUUGUCAAUGCAUCAUCGGACAAGGAGGCGAUGCAGUCAUCGUUUAUGCAGCGCAGCAUGCGCGAAGAUGUCGAACCAACGCUCGCCGCAGACUCUACCACCAGCAUGCCUUCCCUUUCUGGCUGGAAUAAGCACCGGCGCCUACUUCAUGGCGUGCAAGAGAACACGCUAGUGCUCGAGUCAUACUCGCCGCGCGUCAAGCUCAAUCGUGUGCUUUCUCUGGGCUGCUAUCUGUGCGGGUGCUCGGUAAACCGCCCCUCAGCCAGCUCUCCAUCUGCGUCAAUGUCUGAUCCGCUGUGCAGCUUCUUCUCGUACCUGAAUAUAGUGCGCAAGGGACUGAUCAAGCGGCCGGUUGCUGAUAUCUGGCUCGAGGUUAACAAGGCCAGACUGCAGAUGUGGCUGGCCAGGUGUGGAGCGUCGCCAGAAUCCCGACUAAGCUGCCAAUAUUGAUAUUUACAUAAU